UAGAGACACAGGUUGCUAGGUAAGGGCAAGAACAGUGAGUGGAGUCAAACACCGUGAGCCUCAUGCUGGAGCGCAAGUGCAGCCUCGGCAGGGAAAAGAAUGUAGUAGAUUUCUUCCAAUGUAGGAACAAUAGUAUUUCAUCUAGAAGGGCUCUAGAAGUCCACACCAGGGCUGUUUGUAUUCUGAGUAACCUGACUCUGUUCUGCUCCACUAAACUGCGUUUUAUUUGGACUUUGCACAAAGGAGGAUCUGUCUGCUUGCAGGAAGGUGCGCUCGCGCAGGGAGGAGAGAACAGCAUCAGGUGGCAUUCAUGAAAUGGGCCCGAGCUGAUGCCCGCUACACUCGGCCCAGGACCCGGUUCUAGACAUGGCCGGGAGUCCAGAUGUACAUCCGGCCACACCUGGCGUCGUCAUGCUGGGGGGUGUUUUUAUUCUCCUGCUGCUCAGCAGUAAUGCUGUGUGGGGGGAUUCCAACACUGUUUCAAGUGACUUCAGAUCACAUAACGCCACCGGCCCCAACAUUGCUGCCAUUGUGGCUCCCACGGUGACGCUGGGACUGCUGGCCAUCAUCUUGGCCGUGGUGGCCUGGCUGCUGUGUGUAGUGAAGAAGAAACGUCAGACGGAAGGCACGUACAGACCCAGCGCUGAGGAACAAUGCGGCACUCGCAGCGUGGCCGCCACCGAUGUGCUGAAGCUACCAAAGGAGGAAAGACUCAUUUGACUUUGACCUUUGACCCGAGACUGGCCGUAGGCAUCAAAAAUAAGAUGCAUUUACUUACAGUGGCCUUGCCUGGCGCUGGUGAAGAACAACACGCAUCCUCAAGCUGAUUCUGAUAACGCAAAAGAGGAUCUUCAGUAUUUCAUCACCACCGACGGUUUCAAAGGCUUUAUUCAUGUUGUACUGUACAUUAUGUAGUAAAUCAAUAGCACUCUUUUACCUCAAACGUCUCCGUUUCGACUCACACACACAUUUUCAUGUGGUACAGUAGUGAUUCAACACCGGUUUACACUUUUAUUCUCAAUAAUUUAACGUUAAAUGAGUCAAUGAUCUCAUCAUUAUGGUUAUGUGCAUGUUUUUCCAAUAAAUUCCUGCUUUAUUUGUACACAAGUUGAGCAACUGCAGCACACCUGCAGCUUGGGUAAUCAAUAAUGGGCAUGUAUGGAGUAGGUCUUUAACCAAAAUGAUAUUUUUUUAAAUUAAUAAUUAUUAUUGUUAAGUUUUACUUAAAAAAAACAGCAAAAAUUAA